AUGACCAAUGUAGAACAGUAGAAGAACCUUUUAGGGUAUAAGUAGACACCUCUAGUGGGACCUAUUCAUUCCCCAACUGCCAAGUAAGAGUCGUUUUGAUCAUCUUCCUCUCCAUCUGCAUUUGCAAGUUCUGAAACAAUGGCGGACCAGGUGAUUCUGCUAGACGAAAAUGUCAGUAUGUUCGGGAUGCGGGUUAGGAUAGCCUUGGCGGAUAAGGGGAUCAAAUACGAGUACAAGGAGCAAGACUUGUUCAACAAAAGUUCUCCUCUUCUUCAGAUGAACCCAGUUCACAAGAAGAUUCCUGUUCUCAUCCACAACGGCAAGCCAAUCUGUGAGUCUCUCGUCAUUGUUCAAUACAUCGAUGAGGUCUGGAACAACGACAAGUCCUCUCUGCUUCCCUCCGAUGCUUAUGAGAGAGCUCAAGCUAGGUUUUGGGCCGAUUAUGUCAACAAGAAGGUGUAUGAUGUUGCGAGGAAGGUAUUGACCAAAGAAGGAGAAGAGCUGGAGGCAGCCAAGGAGGAGUUCAUAGGAGUCUGGAAGGUCUUGGAGGAUGAGCUUGGUGAUAAGCCCUACUUUGAAGGCGAAAAAUUUGGGUUUGUUGAUAUUGCUUUGGUCGGCUUCUGUAGCUGGUUUUACGCCUUUGAGACCAUUGGCAAUUUCAGCAUAGAGAGUAGGUUGCCCAAGCUUGUUUCAUGGGCCAAGAGGUGCAUGCAGAAGGAGACUGUGUCCAAAUCCCUUUGUGAUGAGAAGGUUGCCUACGACUUUGCUAUGAUGGUUAGGAAGAAGUUGGGCAUUGAGUAGGGUGUUCGUUGUAUUCUCUCAACGGUCCACGUCGAACCCUAAUCCACAGUUCAGACUGGAAUUGCAUCCCUUAAAAGAUGAGUGUUCAUCAUCACACAUGAUAUGUUGUGAUUAAUACUUAAUCAUUGUUCUUAGGGCACUCGUUAUCAAGACCCAUAUAUUAAAUAAUCAAUUUCAUUGCUAAUA